AUAGCGUCUCCACCCUUUUUCCACACACCUCCCCUUUAGAGAAAACACAGACACCAUUCUCCCCCAAAAACCAUGGCAUCAACCAUGUCUCUCGCCGUAUUCACCAUCCUCUUCCUCUCCUUCACCCUCUCAUACUCCUCCCCGAUCGUCGACUCUCGGAGCGAGGCCGACGUCAAAGCCAUCUACCAAGAGUGGCUCGUGAAGCACCAAAAGACGUACAACGGCAUCGGGGAGGAGGAGAGGAGGUUCGAGAUCUUCAAGGACAACAUGAAGUUCAUCGACGAGCAUAAUGCACAGGACCGUCCGUACAAGGUCGGUCUGAACGCUUUUGCUGACCUGACCAACCAAGAGUACCGUGCCAAGUUUUUGGGCACCAGGAGUGACCCUAAGCGCAGGGUCAUGAAAGCCAAGAAGCCGAGCCUGAGGUACGCUUUUCGCGCAGGCGAAACGCUGCCGGAAUCUGUGGAUUGGAGAGUCAAGGGUGCCGUGAAUCCCAUAAAAAAUCAAGGAAGUUGCGGAAGUUGCUGGGCUUUCUCGACAGUGGCCGCGGUGGAGGGCAUAAACCAAAUAGUCACAGGAGAGUUGGUGUCUCUCUCAGAGCAAGAGCUCGUAGACUGCGACAGAUCCUACAACGCCGGCUGCAAUGGCGGUCUCAUGGAUUACGCCUUCGAGUUCAUCAUCCAAAACGGCGGUAUGGACACUGAAUCGGACUACCCUUACAAAGCAUAUGACCAAAAAUGCAACGUUGCACUGGAGAAGAAUAAGGUUGUUAGCAUUGACGGGUACGAAGAUGUUCCGUCCUAUGACGAGAACGCUUUGAAGAAAGCCGUUGCACACCAACCCGUUAGCGUUGCCAUUGAAGCCGGCGGUAGGGCCCUACAACUCUACGAGUCGGGUGUUUUCACCGGUGAGUGCGGGUCAGCAUUGGACCAUGGUGUCGUUGCUGUUGGGUAUGGCACCGAGAACGGCACGGACUAUUGGUUGGUGAGGAACUCGUGGGGCGCCAACUGGGGAGAGAGUGGAUAUUUUAAGAUGGAGAGAAAUGUUGCAAGCACAUACACAGGCAAGUGUGGAAUUGCAAUGGAGGCUUCUUACCCAACAAAGAAGGACCAAAAGUACCCAUCAAGCUCUUUCUUUGCUGAGGAAGACAUCAAGAUGGUCACAAGUGCAUGAAAUUGAAAUGAUGGGGGCCUUUUGGUCAAUUGCGGUACAAUAUGCCCAAUGUGUUCCAUUUUGUGGUCUAAUUUUACAAAAAGGAUGAGGAGGGUAUUGGUAUGAUUGAUUUGGGAUAAAAUUAUUGUUUGUAAAUAGAUUUUAAUUAUGUUGAAAUUGCACCUAGCAAAACUGAUAAAUUGGUGCAAUCCCAUUCCUAUUUCAAUCAAAAGUUUUACUUUUAUUUAUAUGUACA